CCUCUAGUAUGCAACCCUGGUCCCUGACCGUGAGCGGUCAAACGGUUCGGCACUUCGCUUCGUCUUUUUUCCUUAACACCCUGUAUUCUUUGUGUAUCACCAAUCAUGGCGAGCUCGACUCUUGUUGUAAACUUGGAUGGAUAUCAUGGUCCAGUGACGGCCACGCUCGACUGGUGCGAAGCCAACUACCAGUUCUCCUAUUAUAUUGCUGAAAUGGCCAACACAAUUUCCAACCUAUUUUUCAUCUUCCUGGCUGCUUACGGAGCACACAAUGCACGACGUGCAUCCAUGCCGACCAGGUAUAUCGUCGGUUUCGGUGGAUUCGCUCUCAUUGGCUUUGGCAGCCUCGCAUUUCACGCAACGCUUUUGUAUCACUACCAACUCCUGGAUGAACUCCCCAUGAUCUAUGUCACUGCCGGAAGUUGCUGGUUCCUGUACGACGACAGCCCUGGUUUUGACAUAACUUUGCGUAAAAGCAUAACUUCUCUUGUACUAAGCAUUGCAUUCGACGUGUUGUUCACUUGGAGCUAUAUCGUCUACCGCAAUCCAGUAUAUCACCAGGUCGCGUUCGGAACGCUUGCAAUUAGUACUGCUUUUAUGAUCAGACAUCUUUUGAAAUGGUCGGAAGUGCGCUUUCGAAUACCUGAUGACAAGAAGUCACAAAUCGGAGGCAUCUUUGGCUACGGUGCAGGCCUUUUCGUAUUCGGAUUUCUCAUCUGGAACCUAGACAACAUUUUCUGCGACGACCUAACAAGAUUUAAGGUUGCCAUCGGAUGGCCGCUGGCAUUUUUGCUUGAAGGACAUGCUUGGUGGCACGUCUUGACCGGUCUGGGCACUUAUUACAUGUUCACUGGAACCCAUUGUGAUUCGCUCUGUAUGAAGGAUGAUCACAGCAAGUUUGCUGUUCAGUAUCGCUUCGGGCUCCCUUCAAUCAAACGCGUGGACAAGAGAAUUCAGUAGACGUCGCAAGCAUAUCGUAGACACCACGGAGGUCGUACUAUUCAACUAUGACUAUAAAACAUUGUCCAGAGAUGGAGCAAAGGCUUUAUUCAGCUAUAUUGUGAUCAUCAAUUGGAAUACUUAGAAUGCAAAUGAAAUCUUAUCCGAACUUC